AUGCAGUGUGUUCUUCCUCUGAACAUGUUCCUGGAGAAAAUAUUCAUAUUCCUCUGGUUUUGGCACCUUGUGGUCAUUAUCGUCACCUCCACCUCUCUUAUCAACUGGUUGCGACGCCUUUUCGUUGGUCGGGCGCGGCUCAAAUUCGUUCGCCGCUAUCUCAAGGUCAUGGGCAUCUUGCCGCCCAAACUGGACGCGCGAGAUCGCAUGCGAACUCACCAGUUUGUUGACGAAUACCUCACCUCGGAUGCCUUCUUUCUCCUGCUGCUGAUUGGCGCCAACAGCGGAGACCUGUUAGCCGGCGACCUGACAAGCGAACUCUGGUGCGGCUUUCUGUCUCGCACUCAGGGCAAACAGACC